AUGGCACCUGGCCUUGUGGAACCUGCUCAGUACGACGCCUUCAAGGACUCUGACGUCAAGGCUCCUCACAAGAACAAGUCGGUUAUCAACUACACGCCAGGCCGUAACGUCGUCGAGUCACACGAGAACUACGAGUAUGAGGAUCUUAAACCACGCUUCCCAGACGUCAAGUGGCCGGCCUUGACUGAAGUGCCGUACCACGAUAAGGGCCUCAACGGUGACCCAGAGUUCCGAAAUCUCCUUAGCGCCGCCACAGAUGUCUUCGACUACAACCCCAAGAUCGGCACAGAGAUCCACGGCAUUGACUUGGCCAACCUCACGGAUGCCCAGAAGGACGACCUCGCACGCCUUAUUGCCACUCGAGGCGUCGUCUUCUUCCGGGACCAAAAGAACCUUACCAUCGAUGCUCAGCGCGAGCUCGGAGCCUACUUUGGCAGCCUGCACAAGCACGCCACCACCUGUGUGCCCCAGCGCCCUGGCCUUGAGGAUGUUCAUGUUGUGUACACCGGUGAGAACUCGACAGACAUGCGGGCCAUGUUUACCCCAACCUUCCUGUGGCACUCCGACGUGACUUAUGAGUUUCAGCCUCCCUCUUACACGUCCCUGAAGGUCGUCACUGGCCCUCCACGCGGCGGAGGAGGCGACACCCUCUGGUCCUCACAGUAUGCAGCAUAUGAUGCCCUUUCCCCAUUCAUGCAAAAGUACCUUGAGAGCCUUACCGCUCUGCACUCCGCCGAGAUGCAAGCGCAAGGAUCACGUGAGCUGGGCCGUCCUGUCCGCCGCGACGCUGUCACUACGGAACACCCCAUUAUCCGCACCCACCCCGUGACGGGCUGGAAGUCACUCUUCUUCAAUCCCGGCUUCGUUACCAAGAUCGUCGGGAUCCCCAAGACUGAGAGCGAUGCCAUCCUCGGAUACCUCAACGAGGUCAUCGCCACAACCCAGGAGCUUCACGUCCGCUUCCAGUGGAAUAAGGACGACGUCGCGUUCUGGGACAAUCGUGUCUGCAAUCACACUGCAUCUUACGGCUUUGCGCCCCACCGCCGUCACGCCGUGCGAGUCUGCUGCCAGGCCGAGCGUCCAGUCUUCGAUCCUGCCGGAAAAUCCCAGGAAGAAGAUCUUGCCGAGCGCUAUGGUCUUCCCAAGGUCAACAAGGACGGCUCGGGCAUUGUCAACUACAAUGACUAG